AUGGCAGGGUCGCAGCCUGUAGGCGGAGGUGGGCCGCUUCCAGCUACUGUAUCGAAUGCAUCAGAAUCAACAGAAGAACAAUCGACAGUCAAAGACUCAACCACAUCCUCCAAUCCAGCAGCUGAAACGACAACAAAGAAGAAGAAAAGAAUGCUGCAGAAACAGGGUGAUCCUCUACACACGGACAAAUCAACAGCCUCUUCUGAAGAGUCCUCCAACAAAGCCGCCUCGAAACUAACACCACAAAUGGCCGACUCACUACUUGAGAUGAACCCUGCCCUUCGCGGAGAGCUAGGCACUCUGGACAAGAGCAAAGCAAGAGAAAUGCUGAAGAAAAUGAACAUAUCAGAUCUUCUGACUGGCAUGUCAAUUGGCGGCAAGAACCAAAAGGACAUGGCUAGCUAUAAGUUCUGGCAAACACAACCGGUGCCUCGAUUUGACGAAAAAGCUGACGACCCUAAGCCCGAUGGGCCCAUCACUAUAAUCGAUCCGGAGCAGGUAGCGAAAGAACCAGAGCCGUUACUCGAAGGAUUCGAAUGGUGUGAGUUGGAUCUGAACAAAGAGGAAGAACUAAAGGAGGUGUAUGAGUUACUGACCUACCACUACGUCGAAGACGGUAACGCCAUGUUCCGAUUCAAGUACUCAAAGUCAUUCUUCAACUGGGCAUUGAAACCACCAGGCUGGCUUGGCAAAUGGCACAUUGGCGUGCGGGCUACCAAAUCCCGCAAACUCGUCGCCAGCAUCUUUGGCAUACCUGUCCACAUCAGGAUCCGAGACGUCGAUCUGAAAGCGACAGAAAUCAACUUUCUCUGCAUACACAAGAAACUCCGCUCGAAACGCCUCGCACCACUUCUCAUCAAAGAAGUCACGCGAAGGUGCUAUCUCGCAGGGAUUUACCAAGCAAUCUACACCGCCGGCGUUGUCCUCCCCAAACCAGUCGGCACAUGUAGAUAUUUCCAUCGACCACUCGACUGGCUGAAACUGUAUGACGUCGGUUUCUCGCCCUUACCGCCGGGAAGUACAAAAGCACGUAUGAUCACGAGAAAUCAAGUUGCAAGCAAAACCUCCACACCGGGCUGGAGACAGAUGAGAAGCGAAGACAUAGAAGCCGUCCGUGAUCUGUUGCAGCGUUAUCUGUCGAAAUUUCAGAUGACGCAAAAUUUCUCUACCGAGGAGAUCGAACACUGGCUCCUCGAUAAGAGUGCAGAUGAGCAUGAUGUGCGCACCAUCUGGUCGUAUGUGGUCGAGGCGCCUGAAACGGGUAAGAUUACCGAUCUGGUCAGUUUCUACUGCCUGGAGAGUUCGGUGAUCAGGAACGAAGGAAAGACGGAUGGGAGUGAAACGGUGAAAGCUGCGUAUCUAUUUUACUAUGCUUCGGAAACCGCCUUUGCGGAGAAGGAGAAGGGGUACAAAGAACGCUUGAAAGGCCUGAUUGGAGAUGCGCUGGUGGAAGCGAAAAAGGCACACUUCGACGUCUUCAACGCCCUCACCCUCCACGACAACCCGCUCUUCCUGGAGGAUCUGAAAUUCGGCGCCGGAGACGGACAGUUGCAUUACUACCUCUACAACUAUCGCACGCAACCCAUCAGCGGAGGGGUCAAUAAGGAGAAUAUGCCGGAUGCGAGUGAGAAGGGGAGAAGGGGUAUUGGGAUGGUGCUGUUGUGA